AUGGCCAUCAUUGAACCUGUAAAUAACCCAUCUUCUUGGGUUUCUCCGAUGGUACCGAUUCUAAAGUCUGAUGAUGAUAUUCGAAUUUAUUUGGAUAUGCGUGCUGCUAACAAAGCAAUUAUUAGAGAAAAUCAUCCCUUGCCUACCAUGGGACAACUUAUUCCCAAAUUUUGCAAAGCAACAUAUUUUUCAAAGUUGGAUAUUAAGAAUGCUUUUCAUCAGGUUGAACUAGAUAAAAAUAGCAGAAAUAUCACAACUUUUAUCACUAGUAAAGGGCUUCACCAGUACAAAAGGUUAAUGUUCGGGAUAUCUUGCGCACCUGAACAUUUCCAAAAAAUUAUGGAGAAAAUGUUAUUGCCAUGCGAAGGAGUGGUAAACUUCAUAGAUGAUAUUGUUGUCUUUGGACGUGAUAAAAAAGAACAUGAUACCAGGCUUCAACAUGUUUUAACAGUACUCAAAGACAAUAAUGUUUUACUGAAUAAAAAUAAAUGUAUUUUUAAUGCAAAGUCUAUUCAGUUUAUGGGCCACGAGCUUUCGCAAUCAGGUAUUAAACCACUUGACAAAUAUAUAAAAGCAAUCGAGACGUUUAGACCACCGGAAACCAUCGAAGAAAUUCAAAGUUUUCUGGGCUUAAUCAACUAUGUAGGAAAGUGGAUCCCCAAUUUGUCAACCUUAACGGAACCCAUUCGGCAAUUGCUUCGAAAAAAAAUGCACAAAAAUGCUAAUAUCAUAACUUUUUGGAAAAAAGAACAUUCAACGGCUUUUGACGAAUUAAAAAAUUGUCUCUCCAAGAUUCCUACUCUUGGCUACUAUGACCCAAAUGAUCGUACCCAAGUAAUCGCCGAUGCAAGUCCGGUAGGUUUAGGCGCUGUACUGAUUCAGUAUGAUGACAAUGGACCCCGCAUCAUUGCCUUCGGAAACAAGAGCCUGACAGACAUUGAGAAACGAUACUGUCAGAUCGAAAAGGAGGCAUUGGCUUUAGUGUGGGCAAUUGAACACUUCCACAUGUACUUAUACGGGAAAAAGUUUGAGCUUAUCACAGACCAUAAACCUCUGGAGGUUAUAUUUGGUACGCGAUCAAAGCCUUGUGCACGAAUCGAGCGCUGGGUCCUUCGGUUACAAGCAUAUGAUUAUAAAGUUAUUUAUAAGCCCGGAAAAUCCAACAUAGCAGACCCAUUAUCACGUUUAUGUACGACCAGCAUUCAAAACAGUUCUUUUGAAGACGAACAUCAUGUUAACCAGAUUGUUCAACACGCGCGACCCAUAGCAUUAUCUCUUAAAUCGAUUAUUGAAGCAUCAAAUGACGAUGAUGAGUUUAAAUUAGUAAAAGAUGCUUUGAUGAACAAUGCUUGGGAUGCUUCAAUAAAUAAUUAUAAAUUAUUUCAACAUGAACUCUGGUUACACGAUGGCGUCUUGUUGAGAGGAAACAAAAUGGUGAUUCCUACUAAGUUGAGGAAACAAGUGUUAGCAGCGGCCCAUGAAGGUCAUCCAGGUAUAGUCAAUAUGAAAGCUAGGCUGCGCACAAAAGUUUGGUGGCCAAAAAUAGACAAAGACGCUGAAAAUACCGUAAAAAGCUGCAGAGGGUGUACUUUAGUCUCGGCACCCAAUCCACCAGUACCUAUGAAAAGGCGUGAACUUCAAAAGCCUGGGUGGAUACAGCCGUUGAUUUUUUGGGUCCACUCCCAAGCGGAGAUCAUCUUUUAG